AUGACGUUAAAAACAAAGAAAUGGUACGAAACCAGAAACGCUCUGAUCCUCGCGUGCGUCCUCUCGGUCGUUGCCUCCGUCGUCGCGUUCGCGCAAAUCGGACUCCACCUGAAACAUUACUCCAACGGGAACCACCAGAGACACAUCUUGCGCAUCAUAUUCCUGGUGCCAAUCUACGCUUUGUUAUCGUUCGCGGCGUUGAUGCGACCGAAACAUUCGUUGGAUUUAGACACCUUUCGGGAUUGCUACGAGAGUUGGGUGGUGUAUAACUUUCUCGCGUUAUGUUUUGAGUACGUCGGAGGCCCGGGAAACGUGCAAAAUAACAUGCAAGGGAAAGAGUUGCCUCCGAGCGUGUGGGCGUGCGCGAGAGAGUCGCAACAAGUGGACGGGGCGUAUUUGAGGAGGAGUAAACAGUACGCGUUGCAGUUUGUGUUUUUAAAACCGUUUUUGAGUUUGAUAAGCUGGAUUAUGCACAUGCGAGGGCAGUACGGGGAUUCCGCGAUUGAUUUUAAACGAGGGUACGUGUACGUGUUGUUCGUGUAUAACAUCUCGUAUUCGUUCGCCUUGUACGGGUUGUUGAUGUUUUAUCGAGGCGCGUACGAUUUGUUGAAACCGCACAAACCGUUGGCGAAGUUUAUGUUGGUGAAAGCGGUCAUCUUUCUGACGUUUUGGCAAGGCGCGUUUAUCGCGUUAGCCGUGGCGACUGGGGACGUCUCGAGUUCCGAGGAAGGACGAGCGACGCAGGAUUUUUUGGUAUGCGUGGAGAUGGUGUUUGCGAGUGUUUUUAUGCACAUUGCGUUUCCAUACUACGUGUACGCGAAUAGAUCUGGGGUGAGUAGAUUUGUCGCGAAUGUCGGACACGCGUUGAGUGUUGGGGACGUUUUAGACGAUACCGUCCAUCAGUUCGGGAGGACCUAUCAGGAGUACACGUUGCACGGAGCGCACGAUAACAGCAGCGGGCAAGGGCAACAAAUGGCGACAAUGACGAGAACGUAUGGUAGAGACGAUAGAGACGGUAGGAAAGGUGGAGUGGAGGUUUUAGAAGGAGAGGUGAAUAACAACAAUGGAUUAGAGAACAUCGUCGUACAAGAGACGUCGCCGUACACGUAUAGCAUAUCGACGCCUUCGCCGACCAACGCCGCCAGCGGUUCGAGAACGAACGUGUUUACGAACUAUGACAACGAUAAUAGUAAUCCAUUUUCUACCACUGGGACGACAACUCGAGGGGGAGGAGGAGGAGGCGGUGGUAGUGGAAGUGGUGAUGGAGGUGAGGACCAACCGCCGCCGCUUUUGAAUUUAUAA